AUGAAAACUGAACCAAAGUUGACAACUUCCUUAAAUGUAAAUACAAGUGCUAUAACUGAAUCUAUCACAGAUAAAGUUAAAUCAAAUCCAACCAACUUAAUACAUUUAAAAUUUAGUAACGAUCCCGCACAUUGGGUAAUUAACUCUGAUCUAAUUUCUUAUUUUUCUGAAAAUAUUCCUAUUCAAAAUGUAGAUGCAGAUUUAACUGUAUCUGCUAGACAAUUUGGUACAAAAACAAGAUAUUUUAGAAAGGAAUAUUUUUCACGAGCAUUAGGAAAUGUUUUAAAACGAGUUAUAGCAGUAAUUAAAUUUUUAUCGUCUAGAGGAUUAGCUUUUAGAGGAGAUUCGGAAAUAUUUGGCUGUCCAAAAAAUGGUAAUUAUUUAGGUUGCCUUGAACUUCUUUCUAAUUUUGAUCCUUUUCUUGAAGAGCACAUAAAAAAGUUUGGAAAUCCAGCGCAUAUUGAUCAAUUAACGAUUAUUAUUCGUUACACCACCAUUGGUCGAGGAAAAGUCGUAGAGAGGUUUCUUGGUUUUGUUCCUAUCGAACAGCAUGAUGGUAAAUACCUUUUUGAUGUAUUAAAUAAAAUGCUCAACGAUAACAAUAUUGACAUAUCAAAAUGCCGUUCUCAAUCUUACGAUAACGCCAGUAAUAUGAGUGGAAUAUACUCAGGAGUUCAAGCUCGUUUUCGUGAAAUAAAUAAAUUAGCAGAGUGGGUUCCUUGUGCCGCACAUAGUUUAAACUUAGUAGGAUCUGUUACUGUUGAAUGUUGUACUGAAGCCAUAAAAUUUUUUAGUGUGGUUCAAUCAAUUUACACGUUUUUAUCAGCAUCGCCUCAAAGAUGGUCAAUAAUGUUAAAAAAUAUGAAAGAAUCUGUUUUUGUAGUAAAAAGUCUAUCUGAAACAAGAUGGUCUGCUCGAAGUGAUGCGACUAAAGCAUUGUCACAUAAUUAUGAAGAAAUCCGUCAAACAUUAAUUGAUAUUUCAUUAUCAGAAACACAGCCUCCUACUGCUGUUAAUGAAGCUAAGUCUCUUGUUAAAAAACUUAAUCGUCUCGAAACUGUUCUCAUGUCCAUUAUUUGGAAUGACAUUUUACAACAAGUUAAUAUUGUAAACAAAUCGUUACAAACACCUGGUAUUGAGAUCUGUACAGUUGUUAACCUUUAUAAUAGUCUUCUAUCAUAUUUUAAAAAUAUGAGAAGCGCCGAAGAAUUUGAUUUAUUUGAAGAAAAAGCAAAAAUAAAAGUUUCCGGUUUGUCGGAUUAUUCUGAAUUAGAAUCUAGAAAACGUAAACAUAAAGUCUCAGUAUAUGAUGGUAGUGCAAUUGAUGCUGUAGAUCAAAUGAGUGCUAGAGAAAAAUUCAAAAUUCAAACAUUUUAUGUUAUAAUUGACAAAUUGAUUGUAGAAAUGGAAAAACGAAAAAAAGCUUAUUUAAGAUUAGACGAAAGAUUUAAUUUUUUAACCAACGAUAGUUUGAAAGAUGAAGAAAUAAAAAUAAAGGCAAAUAAUUUAGUUGAAGCCUAUAAAACUGAUUUGGAAUCUGCAUUUGUUAAUGAAUUUUUAAUUUUUAAGAGUUUUCGAGAAAGUGGAAUGUCUGUCAAUGAAAUGCUAAUAAAACAAAUUAAUACUAAAAUGGUAACAAGUUUCCCAAAUAACAAACAAGAAAGUCAUAUGGAGGUGGAGGAGGACCAGGAGGUCCGGCUAAUAUCUUUUGAAUAA